AUGGGUCUUUGUCAAAGUGAUUUGGAAAAAAAAUUACAUCAACGAAGUAAAGAGAUCGAUCGUGAAAUUAAAGAAAGUGCGAUAGAAAACAGAAAAGCUAUUAAAUUGUUAUUACUUGGCACUGGUGAUUCCGGAAAGAGUACAUUGCUAAAACAGAUGAGGAUUUUACACAGUAGUGGCUUUACAAAAAAUGAACUGAUAGCGCAACGUUCCGUGGUAUUCCAAAAUACGAUCCAUGCAAUGGAUAUUAUCAUACGAACUAUGAAACUUUAUGAUGUCGAAUUCGAUGAUCCAUCCAUGAAGGCUGAUGCAGCUAUCAUUACUGAAGCUGCCAAUACAAAAUCAGAGACAAUAACUCGUGUGAUUGCAACUGCAAUUAAAAAUCUAUGGCAUGAUCCUGCGAUUCAGGCUAUUUAUGAAAAAAGACAUGACUUUUAUCUACAUGAAUCUGCCAAAUACUUUUUCGACAACAUUGAUCGGAUAGCAGCACCAGAUUAUGAACCAAGUGAAAAAGAUAUAUUAUUAACGAAAAUAAGAACAACUGGAAUUGUGGAAAUUCACUUUGUUAUUAAAAAUAUCCGAUUCAGAGUAUUUGAUGUGGGCGGACAACGAUCGGAGCGGAAAAAAUGGAUUCAUUGUUUCGAGAAUGUUAGCGCUGUUAUAUUUGUUACAGCUAUUAGCGAGUAUGCUGAAGUUUUAUCCGAGGAUAAUACAACCAAUCGCAUGUUAGAAAGUAUGCGUUUAUUUGAAUCGAUAUGCAAUAGUCGAUGGUUUAUUAAUGCCUCUAUUAUUUUAUUUUUGAAUAAAAAAGAUUUAUUUAUUGAAAAAUUAAAGUCGAAAUCAAUAAAGAUAGCUUUUCCUCAAUACAACGGACCUGAAACGUACGAGGAUUCGGUAACUUUUAUAAGAAAACGUUUUGAAGAAUUAAAUGCUAAUCCGGAAAAGUUGAUUUAUGUGCAUCAAACCUGUGCCACUGAUACCAAUCAGGUUCAAAUGAUUUUGGAUAAUGUUAUCGAUAUGGUGAUUGAAAAAAAUUUGAAGAAAUUUGGCAUGUUUUAA